AUGCCCGUUGCGCAGCUCAGGUCGCCUCGACUAGCGGGCCAGCUGGCUCGGCAUGUGAAGGUCGCGCGUAACUUUUCCACCACCGCCGCCGCCCGCAAGGAGAUCCAGGAUGCCUACAUUCUGAGCGCCGCGCGCACGCCGACCGCCAAGUUCAAUGGCUCGUUCCUCACCGUCCCGGCCCCUCAGCUGGGUGCCACCGCCAUCAAGUCGGCCCUCGAGAAGUCCAAGGUCCCCAUCGAGAAAAUCACCGAUGUGUACAUGGGCAAUGUGCUGCAGGGCUCUGUCGGCCAGGCCCCGGCGCGACAGGCGACCAUCUUCGCCGGCCUGCCCGAGUCCGUCGAGGCCAUCACCAUCAACAAGGUCUGCGCCUCGGGUCUCAAGGCCGUCGCGUUUGCUGCGCAGAACAUUCAGCUCGGGCUCGCCGAGGCCCAGGUCGCCGGUGGCAUGGAGAACAUGUCGCGUGUCCCGUACUACGUGCCUCGCGCCAGUGGCCUGCCCGCCUUUGGCCACGUCAAGAUGGAGGACGGCCUGAUCAAGGACGGCCUGACGGACGUCUACCAGCAGUUCCACAUGGGCAACUGCACCGAGAACACGGUCAAGAAGCACUCCAUCACCCGUGAGCAGCAGGAUGAGUACGCCAUUCGGUCGUACAAGAACGCGCAGAAGGCUUGGGCCGACAAGGCCUUUGCCGACGAGAUUGUGCCCGUCACGGUCCCCGGCAAGAAGGGCGACAAGAUUAUCGACACGGACGAGGGCUUCAUGGACGUCAAGAUCGAGAAGAUCCCCACGCUGAAGCCCGCUUUCGUCCGCGACGGAACCGGCACCGUCACUGCCGCCAACUCGUCGACGCUCAACGACGGCGCUAGCGCUCUGGUGCUGGGCAGCAAGGCCAUCGCCCAGCAGUACGGCUCUGGCUCGCGGGUGCUGGCCAAGAUCUGCAGCUACGCCGACGCCGCCGUCUCGCCCAUCGACUUCCCCGUCGCCCCCGCCAAGGCCGUGCCGAUUGCGCUGGAGCGCGCGGGCAUCACCAAGGACCAGGUCGCCGUGUGGGAGUUCAACGAGGCGUUUGCCGGCGUCAUCCUGGCCAACGCGAAGAUCCUGGGGCUCGAGAACGCCAACGUGAACCCUCUGGGCGGCGCCAUCUCCCUGGGCCACGCGCUCGGCAGCUCCGGGUCGCGUAUCCUGACGACGCUGCUGCACCAGCUGAAGCCUGGCGAGUACGGUGUCGCUGCUAUCUGCAACGGCGGCGGCGCGGCCACGGCCAUGGUCGUGCAGCGCGUGGAAUCUGUAUAA